UUCUCGCGCGACAGGCGCCGGCGACCAGCAUGGCGGAUUCGCCGCUGCUUCCCCGGCGGGGUCCCUCCCGCUCCACGUGGCUGCGAGCCCGCAAGGCACGGCCCCAGCUCAUUCUUAGCCGUCGGCCCCGCCGCCGGCUCGGGGCCCUGCGCUGGUGCGGCCGAAGGCGUCUGCGGCGGCGGCUGCUGCAGACCCAGGCGGCCGGCGCGGACUGGCGGGAGGACGGCUGCCUGGCGUCGCGCGCAGCGGCGGCCCGGAGGCCCAAGACCGCCGCCCCCAGCCCGGCCUCCAGCCCGACCCCCAGCCCGGCCCCGGCAGCUGACCCCGACUCGAGUUACCUCGCGACUCUCCCCAUCCCGCCGGUGCGGCCGGCCGGCCCGGGCCGCGCGCUGGUGCUGCUGCCGCUCGAGCAGGGUUUUACGUUUAGCGGGAUCUGUCGUGUGACCUGCCUCUAUGGCCAGGUGCAGGUGUUCGGUUUCACCAUCAGCCAAGGCCAGCCUGCCCAAGAUGUCUUCUCUACCUAUACCCACACUCGCCUGGCUAUCACUGCAGUUCAUUACUCAGUGUCUGAGAAAAACAAGAAAGAGAUGAAAAGGGAAGCCCGAACUUUGCUCAAACCUCAUCUUAACAAGGAUGACAGAUGUUGGUUGAUGAAGAAUUUUUCUCCUCUGUGUUCCAUUGUGAUGCUAGAACAUCUGAAAACCUCCACUGUAAACUUCAUAAUCAGCCAUCCAGGUUUAUCUUACGUUUUUGUACAAGAGAGUCCGACUUUCCAGAUUAACUCUGAAUAUUUCGCCUUGAGGUCUGUUGGCAUUAAAAGAGAGAAAAAGAAAAACGGCCUUCGUUUAACUGAGAGUGCCCUUUCAGCCAUGGAAGAGUUAGUCAGCGUUUCUUGUGAAGAAGUAGAUGGCUGCCCUAUCAUUCUGGUUUGUGGAGCUCAGGACGUUGGAAAAUCAACAUUUAAUAGAUCCCUGAUCAACCAGUUGUUAAAUAGUAUUUCCUGCGUUGACUAUUUGGAAUGUGAUCUGGGACAGACGGAAUUUACUCCUCCGGGUUGUAUUUCUUUACUUAAUAUUACAGAACCAGUUCUAGGGCCACCUUUCACCCACCAGAGGACACCGCAGAAAAUGGUGUAUUAUGGGAAAAUUUCUUGUAAAAACAACUGUGAGAAUUAUAUUGAGAUGGUAAAGUAUGUGUUCAGCUCCUACAAGAGAGAGUCUCCUCUUAUCAUCAACACAAUGGGCUGGGUGUCAGACAACGGGCUUUUGCUUCUCAUUGAUCUGAUCCGAUUACUGUCUCCCAGCCACGUCGUUCAGUUCAGUUCUGGCCGAAGUAAAUACAUGCCAAACCUCACCCCCGACUACGUCGAUGACAUGGAUGGCUUGUACACAAAAAGCAAGUCCAAAAUCAGAAACAGAGGUUUUCACCUGCCAGAAUUUACAGAGAAUUUGGACUUUGUUGACGAGGAGAAGGAGAGUCCAGUUGUGUUUACUGGACAUAAAUUGAUGUGUGUUCAGUCAGACUUUACAUUUCGAAAAACUCCAAGAAAUAGAGACUCACAUAACAAAGUUCUUCGGGAUUUGGCGGUGUUAGGUUACCUUGGCCAGCUGCAGCCCCCGGUGCCAAAACCACUUUCUCCCUUACAUAGCCUGACACCCUACCAGGUCCCCUUCAAUGCAGUUGCACUCCGGAUUAUUCACGCUGAUGUCGCUCCUACCCAUAUAUUGUAUGCUGUGAAUGCCAGCUGGGUUGGUCUUUGCAAGAUCCUGGAUGAUGUCAGAGGUUAUGCAAAUGGACCCAUCCUACUUGCCCAGACUCCAAUCUGUGAUUGCUUGGGAUUUGGAAUCUGUAGGGGGAUCGACAUGGAGAAGAGGCUUUACCACAUCCUCACUCCUGUGCCCCCGGAAGAGCUAAGAAAUGUGAAUUGUCUGCUGGUUGGAGCCGUUUCUGUUCCUCAGUGUGUCUUCAAGAGCCAGCGUGGGCUCGAAGGGACGAUACCUUACAUCACAACAGAUUAUAAUUUUAAACUUCCUGGAGCAUCAGAGAAAAUUGGAGCAAGAGAAACUGAGAAAGCAGAUGAAGAGAAACUACCCCCCAGACCUAGACGCUGUCGGAAAACAAACUGAUACUGAUGUUUUCGAUAGGGAAGGAAACUUUCUACUGGAAAGCUUGACUGUCUCCAACUUGACCUCAGCAAUCUGAUGGGGUUUUGUGGUCGUUAACGGCGUGCUUACCUAGCAAAUGGUGUUUCCUGUAUAGCUCGUGAAUGUGUUUAGAGUAAAUUUAAGUCUCUUAAAGCUACAUAGCCCAGAGUUUUGCCCUAGGCUUCUGUAUGGUUAACCAUACUUGCUGUCUGUUUUAUUUUCUGAGGGAUAAAGCAGCAGAGAGAGUUUGUCCACCAUUAAGACAGAGAGAAUACGAUCAAUUCCUCAGAAAGUUCUUCAAGGACCUGGUUGUUGGAAAUCUGGAUAAAAACAGGGAAACUGGGGCCCAAAAAAUGUACCCAGGAGGAAGGAAGGCUGGCCAGCAGGAUCACAAGUAUAAGAGGAUGUGGAGACGGACUCUGUCCUCACCUUGGUCUUCGCCCAGUGACGGUGGACAGGCGCAGGAGACCACAACAGUGGGGUCCACCUGCAGGGUGGCCACAGCCCCGGUGGUCUUUCUCAUCCCUGCUCAUUUGAUGCUGUCCAAGUUCUGUCCUAUUCACGUGGGUCCAGUAUUAAAAGAUUGUGCUUAGUCUGUUCAAUGUAAUCAAGGUUUAAUAGAUAAAAGUUUGGACUGAA